CUUCCGGGUCAGACCCUUCUCCCGCCUCCUCGGCCUCCGCCAUGGCGAGUAGUAGCGGCGCCGGGGCAACGGCGGCGGCGGCGAAUCUGAAUGCGGUGAGGGAGACCAUGGACGUUCUGCUUGAGAUUUCAAGAAUUUUGAAUACUGGCUUAGAUAUGGAGACUCUGUCUAUUUGUGUACGGCUUUGUGAACAAGGAAUUAACCCAGAAGCUUUAUCGUCAGUUAUUAAGGAACUUCGCAAGGCCACCGAAGCACUAAAGGCUGCUGAAAAUAUGGCAAGCUGACUUUCUGGAGAAAUCCUAAUGAGAUGUCAAGCUCUGCAAGAGGAUUUGAAGAUUGCAUUGUAGUCAAGAUUGUACAAUGAAAUUACUGCAUUCAGCAGUGUAGCAACAUUUUCCUUUUUAAAAGAAUUAUAAAACCAUAGCUUUAUAAAUCAUUGAAAAGUGGCUUACAGAGAGGACUAUCAGAUGUGUUUACGUCACAUCUUUUUUAAACAGCGCUAAUGCUUUGGCAUUACAGUGUUCGUAUUUAUUCCUUAUUUAUAGAUCUGAUAGCUUUAAUUUUCUAAGCAGUCUGUCUAUCAGAUGUGCACAGCUGCUGUGCCUGUUUGUAGUAUAGUGGAACCCAUUAGUAGUAAUGUAGUAGUUAUGACUGCUGACAUUUCCAUUAUAAACUUUAAUUUUAAAUUGUUUAUGCAAAAUUACUAUGGAUUUAUGUUGCAUUGGGCUGAAAGUUGACAGAAUUUCAACCACCAUUUGUGAAUUUUUAUUUAGAUUCAUUAAGUAUAUCAGGAUCUUGUUUUUUUUAAGAGCACAGAAAACAUUUGUUCUAAUCUCUUUAACAAAGAAUACUUAGUUUUUAAACAUAAAGUUUGUCUGGCUGUUAAUUGUGUGAACCAGAUCAGUUUUGUAUUGGUUGAAAAAGAAAACUUUUAGAAACUUAGAUUUUAAAACUAAUGAUAGUACUUAGCUUAGUAUUAUUUGUUGAUUGAAUCAUUUAAUGAGAAUAUUGAGAAUGGUUUUUCCCCUUAGUUUUUUACUCUGAAAAUAAUGAAACAUUUUCGACAUGCAAAAUUCUUUUUAUUACAUAAAAAUAAUUUGAGUGCUUACCUGAUAUAUCUUGGGUGGUUAUUUAAUAACUCAGUACAUAGCUAGUGGUUAUCUAAUCACUAAACAGGAACUAUCAUUCAACAAAUAUGUUACUAUUUUCUGAAGGAAGAAAGAUUUCCAGUCAUUAAACAAACUAAAUGAUCAAAUGUUCUGUAAUCUCCUUCUAAGAUUAUUUUUGUGUAUCAUUAUUUUUACUAUAAAGUUUUAACUAAUCAAAAUUUGCUUCAUAAUAAGUUUUGAUUCUGUUCCUGUAACAAUUUCCAUGGAAUAUUUUUCCCAGGACUAAUACAAAUUUAAUCUGAUUUUGUUUUGGACUUUGUUAGCUUCUAUUUAAAUGAUAGUAUAAACAUUUACUCUUUAGUAGCAUUUUUUUUUGUUCCUCAGACAAACUGAAAUGAUUUUAGUAAGGCUUAGUAAUAUUUAAAUGGCAACCUUCUGUACUGUUUUAAAAAUCUAGUCUUUUGAACAUUUGACUUUUUAAAUGCAUGGCAUCUUUACCAAGUGCACUGGAAGGUCUGUUGGGAGAAUUGCUUGGGAGACAAUAAGAACUUGUGAUGAUAAGUCAUUUAUUUGCUAAUCAAUACUGUAAAUACUGCAAGUAGUUAUUUAUAUCAUUAGAGAACACUUGUCAAGUUCCAAAAUUUGUAUAUACUUUUAGACCAUUAAAGUUAAUAGUUUAAUUGUUUAUGACCUUGUAGAUUAAGUUAUUUAUGUAUGAAAAAAGCAGGAAAAUAUAUUGAGGAGUUAUGUUUACUAAGGACUUAUUUAGUAUGUUACGUUUCUUAAAUGUAAACAUAUAUUUUUAAUGCAUACUUAAGUAAUACUUAAAGAAACCAAAGUAAUGAUACAAUCACAGUGUUGUGCAUGUUGUCAGUGACAAAAAUAAAACCAUUUUGGUGGUAUUAGCAUGUA